AUGACCGUCAUCAAAAUCGACAUCGUUUUUGACUUCGUCUGCGCCUGGUGUUACAUCGGCAAACGCAAGCUAGACAGAGCCAUCGCCCUCUACCAGAAGACAUAUCCAGGCGGGAAGGACGACGUGUUCGCCAUCACCUGGCACCCGUACUACCUGGGUUACAACCCCUCGGCCCAUAGCGUGGACAAGAGCCAGCUGGCCGACACCAAGCUGAGCGACAUGAGCCCCGAAGGACGCGCUGCUCUGACGCGGCGCAUGGAGCAGGUUGGCCGUUCCGUUGGCAUCAACUUCCAGUGGGGAGGCAAGAUCGGGCCCAAUACGCGUGGCGCGCAUCGUCUUGUACGUCUCAGCCGCGCAAAAGGCCCCGAAGCGACGGCAGACAUGGUCGAGAAGCUGUUCGAGGCAUACCAUGAGCUCGAGAAGGAUAUCGCCGAGGAGGAGGUGCUCCGCGCCGUUGCAUCGGAUGCCGGUCUUGACUCUGCAGAAGUGGAGGGGCUGCUGAAGUCGGAAACGGGCCUGGAUGAGGUGGACAACGACGAGAAGCGAGGUCGGGACAUUUCUGGCGGCGCCGGAGUUCCUCUUUUUGUCAUCCAGGACAGUCACCGACUUGAUGGCGCACAGGACGCGUCAGACUUCUAUGAAGCGUUCGUUCAGGUGAAGGAGACGGAAGCAACUGCAUCAUAA